AUGGCUGCUGACCACCAGCUGUCGCAAACCACUCCGCCAGCCGACGAUCAACCUGUCGCGGUCGACGUUGACAAAAUCGAUCGCGCAAGCUCCGUCGACACAACGAUGGACCAAAACACGCUGGCUGAUCAGACAGGCCUGGCGCGGCGAUUCUCUCUCUCCGGCGCCGGCCACAUCUCUCUCGACGAUGUUGAGGCCGUCGACGUUCAGAUUCGCGACCUGGCAGUGAGCGUAGACACCUCGCCUUCAUGGUUCGACCCUGCAACAUACCUAGAGCUUGCAAAGGCAAAGUUUAAUCCCCAGUCGAGCUCCAAAACCUUGUUGCACCAUGUCAGCGCUUCCCUGCCCGCCGGGACCCUGACAGCCAUCAUCGGCGGAAGUGGCUCCGGAAAGACGACGCUGCUCAACACCAUGUCGGAGCGCAUGUUCAGCACUCGAUUGUCGCAGGGCGGGUCUAUUACUUUCAAUGGAAACGAGGGCGUACACAAUGCUCGUCAUGCGUAUGUCAUGCAGCAGGAUAUUCUUCUGCCGACCUUGACUGUGCGUGAGACACUGCAGUAUUCUGCUGACUUGCGAUUGCCGCCGCCAACGACCGCCGAGGAGCGACGGCGCAUCGUCGAAGAGGUCAUCCUGGAAUUGGGACUGAAGGAAUGCGCCAACACAAGAAUAGGAAAUAACCAGCAUCGCGGGUGUUCUGGGGGUGAAAAGAGGAGGGUCAGCAUUGGCGUGCAGCUUUUGGCAAACCCUUCGGUUGUUUUUCUCGACGAACCUACAACCGGUCUUGAUGCGACGAGCGCAUUCCAGUUGGUGCGGACUUUGAAGAAGCUGGCCACGAAGGGAAGGACGGUCAUCACCACGAUCCACCAGCCUCGAUCCGAGAUUUGGGACCUCUUCGACAACCUGAUUAUUCUCACCAAGGGCAGCCCGGUAUACUCUGGCCUUGCCAAGGACUGCGUACCGUGGUUUGAGGGUAUGAAUUUCAAGCUUCCCCCCUUCGUCAACCCGGCCGAGUACGUUGUCGACGUCGCUGCCAUUGACACCCGCACACCUGAGCUCGAGGAGGAAUCGACAGCCCGAGUUGAUCGACUGAAGACGGCGUGGAUCCAUGAGAGCCAGCGAAAAUACGCGCCAUCGGAAAAGAUCGUGGAGACGUCAGGCCGGAGACGGAGUCUGAGGUCUGCUACCACGAAGCAUGCCACGUAUGGCCGGCAGCUUCGUGUGCUAACCGAUCGAACUUUCAAAAUCACCUACCGCGACCCUAUGGGCAUGGCCGCUGCCAUCAUGGAAGCCAUUUUGAUGGCAAUCAUUACCGGCUACAUCUUUUACGAUCUGCCCAAGGACCUAUCCGGUAUCCGAUCUCGGCAAGGUGCACUCUACACCAUUUCCGGUCUGCAGGGUUACCUGAUGCUCGUGUUCGAGGUGUAUCGCCUCACAUUGGACAUACCGACAUACGACCGCGAGCACAGCGAACACUGUGUUGAUGCCAUUCCUUUCCUCCUUUCACGCCGCCUCGCCCGGCUCUUCACCGAAGAUCUCCCUGUGCCGUUUCUUUUCUCGGUCAUCUUCUACUUCAUAGCCGGCUUCGACAACGAUGCCACACAGUUCUUCACCUUCUUUGCCAUCACCCUCAUCAGCCACUACAUCGCAGUCACAUGCGCCAUGACGUGUGUGACAGCAUCUCGCAAUUUUCCGGGCGCCAGUUUGAUAGCAAACAUGGUGUUUACGCUGCAAAGCAUGGCUUGCGGAUAUUUCAUCCAGUCCAACACGAUACCGGUCUAUGUGAGAUGGCUCAAGUGGAUUACGUACCAGUUCUACGGGUUCGGUGCUUAUUGCGGCAACGAGUUCACAAACGCGCUAUAUGAUUGUCCCUUUGAGGGAGGCUUCUCGAAUCCGGAGUGCAACCAGUACACCGGCAACUUUGUGAUGAACUCCCUGGGCUUUCCGCCAAACUGGACCUGGCGGCCAAUCGUCAUAAUGGCUUCUUUCGUCGUCUUCUUCUGCUUGAUAUCUGCCUUUGGCCUUCAGUUUAUCAAGCAAGAGAUGACCAUCGCCCGCGCCCGGGUUUCCGACACUGAUCUGUCGGCAGGCAAGGAAAAGAUGAAAGUACGCUCCAUAUCGGAAAUGCGCACUAUCGAUGUCGGCUUAGAUGAGUUUGCCUUGGAUUUGGAUAAGAGGGCUCCGUCGGGGAAGAAGCUGCCAAGAAAGACCAUUCUCAACCCAGUCAACACGACCUUCCAGGCUGGAAAGCUGAACAUCAUCAUGGGCCCUUCGGGCAGCGGCAAAACUUCCCUUCUGAACGCCAUGGCCCUGCGACUUCGCAACAGCGUCGGCACGCGGUAUCUGCCGUCCGGCAAGCUGACUUUCAACGGAGCUGCUCCGUCCAACACGGUGAUCCGUUCCGUGUGCUCCUAUGUUUGUCAGGAUGAUGAUGCGCUGUUACCGUCUCUGACUGUUCGCGAAACUCUUCGAUUCUCAGCUGGUCUCCGGCUGCCCUCACACAUGAGCAAGGACGAAAAGUGCCGACGCGCGGAGGAAGUGCUCCUCAAGAUGGGUCUUAAGGACUGCGCGGAUAACCUGGUCGGAAACGAGCUGGUCAAGGGUAUUUCUGGCGGUGAGAAGCGACGAGUCACCAUCGCCGUACAACUUUUGAGCGAUCCCCGAGUCCUCCUCUUGGAUGAGCCGACCAGCGGUCUAGACGCGUUUACGGCCAAUUCCAUCAUGGAAGUGUUGCAAGGUCUCGCCAACGAAGGCCGGACGCUCAUCUUGACCAUCCACCAAGCUCGGUCCGACCUGUUCCAGCACUUUGGCAACGUCCUUCUCCUUGCUAGAGGGGGCUCCGCAGCGUAUGCCGGGCCAGCAAAAGAUAUGCUGGCGUAUUUCACCCGCCAGGGAUUCGAGUGUCCUGCGCACAGCAAUCCUGCCGACUUUGCACUUGAUCUCAUCACCAUCGACCUGCAACACGAGCAGAGAGAAGCUGAGAGCCGUGAAAAGGUCAGAAAGCUUGUCGAGGCAUGGCGAACACAAUAUGGCAGCGACCUUCAAGAAACGUUGGAUAAGCGCCUCCCGGGCAUCGAAGAAGGCGACGAGGGCAACUCCACGAAGUCGGUAAAGACACAAACCAUUGAUGCCAAAGAAGACGAGGCUCAAGACGCCAUUACAAAAUCACCCUCUAAUGUUCCCUCCAUUCCCCGCAAAUCCUUCAACAAGGCGUCCCUGGCCACUCCUGCAGAACUCGGCGCCCUGGUCCGCAAACGCGCCUCAUUCGUCACGGCCUUUCCCAUUCUCUUGCACCGAGGCCUCAUCAAUUUCCGCCGGCAGCCACCACUCCUCAUUGCACGGAUAGCGCAGGUGGUGUCCCUGGGCGUCGUCCUCGCUCUCUUCUUUGCGCCGCUCAAGAAGGAUUACUUUUCGGUCCAGAACCGCAUGGGUUUCAUCCAAGAAAUCGCCGCCUUCUACUUCGUGGGCAUGCUGCAGAACGUCGCCGUGUUUCCCGCCGAGCGUGACGUCUUCUAUCGCGAGGACGACGAUGGGGCGUACAGCGUAGAGGCUUUUCUUGCUGCCUACUCUGUCCUCGAGUUCCCGUUCGAGAUCAUCAGUUCCCUUGUCUUUGGUGUGCUGGCAGACUUUGCAGUCGGCCUCCCGCGGACGGUGGAGAUGUAUUUUGUCUGCUCAUUUGCCUGCUUCGGCAUCGUUUCAUGUGGCGAGUCGGUAGGCAUCAUGUUCAACACGCUCUUUAAUCACACCGGUUUCGCCGUCAACAUCAUCUCCGUCUUGAUGUCGGUGGCAAACACCAUGGCGGGUAUUAUGUCUAUUGACAUGCCGAAGCUGUACAAGAUCUUCAACUACCUGUCUCCGAUUAGAUAUGCCACACGGGCAGUUGCGCCGUACAGUCUACGAGGCAUCGAGUUUUCCUGUAAUGACGACCAGAGACUGCCGAAUGGACAGUGCCCGAUCGAGACGGGCGAAGAGGUUUUGCAGCUGUACAAGUUCAAUGUCAACCCCAACGUUAACAUUGCGGCGUUGGCGGGGUGCGUCAUCAUCUACCGCCUUGUGGCGUGGGCUCUCCUUCGCGCCGCGAGGACGCGCUUAGAUAAGUUGAAGGGGAAAUGA